AACAAACUACCAUUUAAAGUUCGCAAAACGUACGGCAAAGGAAAUAUUGAGUCAUUUGAGUGUCUAUUUAUUAGUAAAUUACUAUAGAACGAAUGGCUGACAGUUGGACAUGAAUCGACGGCCGAUUGGAUAUGAGUAUGGGGCCGCUGAGGGAACGGCAUAGUGAAACAACUUUCUUUAAAGAAUAUUUACUAGCGAAUAAAUCUUUUUUCUUUUUAACUUGAAAAUGCCAGACGCUAAGCGUACAAAGUUAAGAAACAACCAAGAAGAAUGGAUUAAAACAGCUAAAGAUGUGGCAAAUUGUGCGGGAGUUAAUAUAUAUGACUUGAUAUCAAGAACAUCAGCUAUUUUAGAAUUUAGUCCAGUACCAGUUAGACCUGCAGUUGAGGUUUUAUUAAAAAUAUUUGAAUUAGUAUCUCAAGUUAAAGAUCAGUUCAGUCAAUCAUUAAGACUAAUCUCUCGUGCUGCCAAACUACUUAAAGGCAUCAAAGACCAAGUGGAUGGUAUAGAAGAUCUAAUUCUACCACAGAGGUUAUUGAUGAAUAUACAAACUUUUGAACGUCUAUUGUUUGAUAUUCAAGUCUUUAUACAAAAGCAAAUUGAGUCUGGGUGGCUCAAAAGGUUUAUCAGGCGUUACGAAAUACAGUCAAAUUUGGAUAACUUUAAUGACUUAAUCGAUCAAAUAGCUCAAGAGUUUGGUAUACGUUCACACUUAUCAAUACAUGCUCGUUUAACAGAAGACAAUCUUGAUAGAAAGCGUGAUAAUUCACAGAUAAGAUCAAUGAUUGGUGAUGCUCUCAAGAACGAUGAAGUAUUGCUUCAUCAGCUUCAAGUUCAACAGUUAACGAUUAAAUCAUUAGAAAAUGCCUUUAACGAACAUAUGGUAUCACAUUUCGAAGAAUCUGAUGAUCAACCACGUAAACUCACGUUCCAGAAUAUCAAUGAAAAUGUUAUCAAUCAGAGAUUGUCACAAGGUGUUAGUCUAAGCGCUAUCAAGCCAAUGUUAAGGAAGAUACCAAUAGUCGUAAAGAAUGGUGAUGCAUACGAUGAUGAGCUUGUACAUCGCUUUAUCGAGAAGAGCCUACGAGUAUUGAGACGUGUGGGCUAUAGCUAAAAUGCUUAUACAUUCAAUUGGAUUAUUUAUGAAAAUAUUUAACGGAUUUUAUACCUUUUAUAUCAUUCUAAUGACUUGUAUCACGACCGAUUAUAUAUGUUAUCGACAUCAUUCAUCAAAAGAUGUUCUAAGGCUGUCUGUAGAUAUGUUGCUAUUAUAAUUAUGCAUUAAACAGAACGUAAACUUCUUUAAAGGGAAAAUGCAAUUGAGAGUUGUCCAAUGAGGGUGAACCACCAACCACGAGCCAAAGCAGUAGUACCUUCUUCAUCUUUUAUAGCUCGCAAAGCGUCGCCAACGCCAUGGUAAGGUUGUUGACGGAUAUUGACGACAGCGUCUUCAUAUUUGUUGUGAUUGGUCUCCUCGUCCCAAUCCUGUUGUCCUAAUGGUUGUACCAUCAGUCUUGUUUGAAGGACAUCAAGAGGGCAAAGUAAGAUCACGAGAGCGAUGGUGAAAAUUUGCCAGAUAAUUGGACCGAUGUAAGGUAUAAUUGAGACGACUGGCCUAAAUAUAUUGAUAGUAACGGCAUUAAUAACCAAUCUCAAAGCCAGAACUUGUACUAAAGUAGAGUUAAUCAUUGUUAGAGGGUUUGCCAUUUCAGUAGGUGUAACUAAUUUUCUGAUAUUCUGGCGAGGAGUUGAAAUGGAAAGAUUGUAAGGAGUAACGAUAGCUCUUUUGAUGACGAUGUCGAAUGGUAAAGCGAUGCAUCCUACUAAAAUAAAGCCAACGAUGGCAGCUAAAGUACCAAAAAAGCCACCAGCAAGGAUGGCAGGUACUGGAAUGAGGGCAACAAAUCCGACAACGACUUCGCUUAAUAAAGUAGGGCAUAAACCUUUUGAAGAAACCAGGGAUACCCUCGACCUCCUUUACACGCUUGGCCAUAGACCAAUAGCUAUCGACCUUUGCACCGACAGUUGGAUUGCUCUCUGGGUCGAGUGAAAGACCUUUCGGAUUGAAGUUGGCACGGUGUCUAGUGAGUACACCUAGAAUGGGUAAAACGACGAGUACACCAAUGAGUAUACCCAAAGCUACGAUUGGAAUCAUAAGCCAGACUGACACGUCAGGCAUAUUAGGAGUUGGAUGGCUAACUAAAGGCAUGAU